CAGAACAUUAAAGAGGAACUCGCCAAAUAUUGCUAACACAGACAGGUGAAAGUUACUCUACGGUAAACCGACUAAAAUGGUAGCAGGUAAGUCAUUGAUAUUAUUGUCAGUUUGUAUGUCCUUUUAGAAUGACUUAAGAUGAAAGUCUAACUCUAGGGAAGUAAGAUGUUUGAAGUCAGAAAAAAUAUGAUGAAUUAAUGAGGUAAUGGUAAAUCAAUGGUAAAGUUUGACCCAGUUCACUAAUGGCUUGUGUUGAUGUGCAUUUGCUUCAUCGUUCAUUCAGGGAUCUUGCUGUGGCCAGUUCUUCUGGUUAGUCUUUCUAUGACUCCAGUGGAAACUAUCCCAUUGUACAAUCUCUUCAACAAUGCUGUCAACAGAGCACAGCACCUACACCAGCUGGCUGCUGAUAUCUACAAAGAAUUUGAGCGCACUCUGUUACCUGGGUCACGGCAGCUCGGUGAUAACUCUCCACUUGCUGGGUGCUACUCUGACUCCAUUCCCGCCCCCACGGGGAAGGACGAAACACAGAUGAGAUCCGAUGGGGAUUUACUGCGCAUCUCUUCCGCCCUCAUCGAGUCCUGGGUGUAUCCCCUCAAGACCUUCAGCGAAGCCUUUUCUAACAGUCUGAUGUUUGGAACCUCUGACCGCAUUUACGAGAAGCUGGAAGACCUCAGCAGGGGAAUUGAUGAACUGAUGAGAACUUUGGGUGAAGGAGGUAUUCAUUUGUCAAUGCUGAUGGAUCCCUAUGAGAACUUUGAUGUCAUCCUGAGGACUGAUGCUGCACGGAUGAAGAAUUACGGGCUACUGGCUUGCUUCAAGAAAGAUAUGCACAAAGUGGAGACCUACCUGAAGGUUACAAAGUGUAGGCGUUUCGGGGAGAGUAAUUGUACUUUGUAAGGAUAACUUUAAAAGCCGGCAAACCAGGUUACAUAAUAUUAUUACGUAGAUACUUAUAGACUUAGUAUUCCCUGCUUAAUCAAUCACAGCUUUUCUGAUUUGUUUGUUUUGGGGUUCCAAAAAAAGAUUAACCAGUAUCAAUAUAAAAUAAAAUGCAACACAAGGAUUAUAUUUUAAAUUCUUGGUUUUAGACAAGUUUUCUACUUAUGUCAGAGAUGUAAAUGCUUAGACAAACUUUUUCUUUAGUUUUAAAUUAUGUCAUCUCACACUGUGCCAUAGUAAACCAAUCUAGCUCCUAAUAAACACAUUCCAACAGAAAUUAAGAGCAAAAAGAAAGAUGUGAAAGUAAAUAUUCUGGUGUGUGUUACUAAAAAACGAUUUGUUUGCAACGGUUUAAAAGUGCAUGUUUCAGAUUUAUAUAAAAUUUACCUUUCAGAAGUGAAAUGAAAAUUACAGUGUGUUUGAAAUGCCAUUGAAACAUUUUGUCCAAAGAAAAUUAAUAUUUUUGAAAAAUGUUAAUAUAAUUUACAUCCACUUAAAAAGAAUGCUAGACUUUUGUUUAAAGGUUUUAUUGUAUAAUUUUCUUUUCAUUUCCUUAAAUCUGUUUUAACCUGGUU